GAAAGAAGAUAUCAGAGUACUACUGAAUAACUAUAGCCAUGUUCUACUGUGUACCCUCCUCACCACCCUCUCUGCCCCCCCAGGCCUCCCGGGACCCUGUAAGGACAUCUCGUCCAGCGAGGUCACCAAGAACUCAUGCCGGAUCAGCUGGGAGGCCCCCGAGGACGACGGCUGCUCCCCCGUGCUCAGCUACACCCUGGAGCGCCGCGAGGCCUCCAAGAAGACCUACAUGCCCGUGAUGUCGGGCGAGGACGUGCUGACAGCCGUCGUCAAAGACCUCUACGUCAACUGCGAGUACUUCUUCAGGGUCCGGGCCGUCAACAAGGUGGGGGCCGGGGCCAACCUGGAGCUGCGCAACGCCGUCAUCACGGAGGAAGUCAAACAGAAACCGGACCCCCCCAUCGCGGUGGAGGCCCGGGACCCCACCUGUAAGUCCAUCACAGUGACCUGGAAGGCUCCGGACUCUGAUGGCGGCUGCCCGAUCACCGGAUACAUCGUGGAGAAGAUGGAGAAGGACGGAGAUCGAUUCGACCGCGUCACGCCCACCCUGGUGCCCGGCCUCAGCCACACAGUCACCGGCCUGACGGACGGGGCGGAGUACCAGUUCAGGGUCCGGGCGGAGAACGCCGCGGGGGUCAGCGAGCCGUCCCGCAGCACGCCGCUCACCAAGGCUGCAGACCCCGUCGAGAAACCCAGUGUGACGCUGCACGCCCGGGUUCAGUCCGGAGUGUGUGUGAAGAAGGGCGAGGAGGUCCGGAUCGACGCCCUGAUCUCCGGGUCCCCGUACCCCCGGGUCACCUGGCUCAGGAACGACGAGGAUGUCACCAAGAAACCAACGAAGAAGACCGCCCCCGUCAAGAGGAGGAAGUCCAAGACUCAGGCGUGCGAGGAGGAGGAGGAGUUCUUGAACCCCCUCAGCCAGCGCCUCGGUCUGGAUCAGAGCGUUCGGGGCCGGGCCGGGCUGAUGAUCCGCGAGGCGGUGAGGAGCGACCACGGAGAGUUCACCGUCACCGUGGAGAACCAGCACGGCACCGCGUCCGCCCGCUGCACCGUCAACGUGCUGGAUAAACCCGGCCCCCCGGUUAACAUCACCUUUGAGGACGUCAGGAACACCUCGGUGGUUCUGAACUGGGAGCCCCCCCUGGACGAUGGGGGCAGCGAGGUGCUGAACUACAUCCUGGAGAAGAAGGACAACCGUAACGAGGAGGUGGGCUGGAUCACCGUGAGCUCCACCCUGAAGACCCCCACCCACGCCGUCACCAAGCUCAUCGAGGGCAAGGAGUACGUGUUCAGGGUCACAGCGGAGAAUAGGUUUGGCUGUGGACCCCCCAACACCUCCAAGCCCCUGGUGGCCAAGAACAUGUUCGGUACGUACGAGCAGCACUGAGUACAUAUUAAUAUAGAUAAUGAAUACUCCAGAGAAUACCAACACUGUAGCAACAGAGGGACGGCAGAACUACAACUGCUUCCCAAAGGAAUAGCAUACGUACCAUAGGACAUGUAUACAUAUACUGUAAGUAUGCUGUAGUAGUGUAAGAUGCUUCAUUUAAUAAAAA